UGUCGGGUGAGUCUCUCCACUCUCGACUCUCUCUUCCCCCAACCCAACCCCAUCCCAUUCGCACGUGCCACCCAUAUAUAAAAGCCACGUCACUCAUAUGGCAACACUCUCAUCUCAUUUCUAUCUAGAUCUGAUGGCCAAGAAAUCUCCCCUCACUCUAUAGAACUUUAGAGAGAGAAAAUAAAACAGAAACAUAAAGUGUGUGUGGUUGGUGAGAGAAAGAGAACACAAAUGGGAGAGGAGGAAAAGAAAAUGGAGGAAAAGAAAGCAGAUGAAGGAAAAGCAGAGAAAAAGGAAGAACCCAAAGCAGAUGACAAGAAAGAAGACACCACCACCACCAAGGCUGAGGAAUCCAAAGACUCACCUCCGCCGCCACCUCCGCCGCCGCAAGAGAUUGUUUUGAAAGUCUACAUGCAUUGCGAAGGCUGCGCCAGAAAGGUUCGCAGAUGCCUCAAAGGCUUCCCAGGAGUUGAGGAAGUUGUUACAGAUUGUAAGACUCAAAAGGUGGUGGUGAAGGGAGACAAAGCAGAUCCGUUGAAGGUUGUGGAGAGGGUGCAGAGGAAGAGCCACCGCAAGGUGGAGCUUCUCUCUCCGAUCCCACCACCGCCCGCGGCGGAGGAUGAGAAGAAGAAGGAAGAGAAAGAAGCUCCUAAGCCUGAAGAGAAAAAACAAGAGCCUCAGGUGAUUACAUUAGUACUCAAAGUUCAUAUGCAUUGCGAGGCUUGUUCUCAAGAAAUCAAAAGACGGAUUCUCAGAAUGAACGGGGUUGAGAAUGUGGAGCCAGAUCUAAAAAGCUCACAAGUGACAGUGAAAGGAGUGUUCGACCCACCAAAGCUAGUGGAGUAUAUAUACAAGAAAACAGGGAAGCACGCGGUGGUGGUGAAGCAAGAGCCGCCGGAGAAGAAAGAGGAAGAGAAGCCCAAAGAGGAGGAGAAGAAGGCGGCGGACGACGGCGGCGGCGGAGACAAGGAAGCGAAGAAGGGCGGCGAGGAGGAACCCAAGGAGAAGAAAGACAGCGGCGGCGGAGAGGCGGCGGCGGCGGCGGCGGGAGAAGAAGAGGCGGCGAAACUGGUGGAGAUGAGGAAAGACGAAUUUUACUACAAUUACCCUCCAAAUUACUACCAGAUCUACCCUUACCCACAGAGGUUUGAAUACCAGAAUUACCCUCCACAGAUGUUCAGUGAUGAGAAUCCUAAUGCUUGUUCUGUUAUGUAAAAAAUAGAAUAAAGGUUGGGGUAAAAUGGGGAAAAAAGGGUCAGUUGGUGAGUGAGUGAGCCCCCUUGGAUGGUCCUGCUUCUUCUUUAGUCACGUGGUGCUCUGCAUGUGUCAUGUUUGGCUGUUUCUAUAAAAUCUGCAGAGCAACCGUGGAGUUUUGUGAAUUUUUUUUUUUUAAAAUCGUUGUUAUAUAUAUAAAUAAUAAUAUAAUGGAAUUUA